UUCCUUUUUUACCUCUAGCAAACCGUAGGGGAAGGAAAGAAUGGCAGAAACCCUGAUAACGGCGUCCUUGAUAACCUAACUAACCGUUUUGGAUUCGUUUGAACCUUCCGUAACACCCAACUGUCUCGGAUAGCUUCCUGAGCAACUCCGAUGGGCCAGGGCCAUGAACCCCCCAAAUCCCCUGCGGCUGCGCCACCGUUGCUCCGCCGCAUCCACAACCUCGACAACGCAAUCUCCCUCUACAUCCACACCCUGACCCGCCCCAUCGCUCCACGUCCCCUCCUCCGCUUCCUAGAGCUUUUGGCGGACUUCCGCUUCUUCUUCCCCGUCUCCCUCUCCCUCUACCUUGCCGCUCCCUCCUCCUCCCCUCUCCUCCUCCCCCUCCUCCUCUGCUCCCUCCUCGACCUCCUCUUCAUCGCCCUCCUCAAAUUCCUCGUCCGCCGAUCCCGCCCCUCCUACUCCAACCACUCCCAAUACAGCGCCGUCGUUUCGGUCGACAACUUCUCCUUCCCCAGCGGCCACUCCUCCCGCGUCUGCUUCGUCGCCUCCGUCUUCUCCCUCUCCCGCUCCUCCCUCCUAGCGGAUCUCAGCCGUCCACGUGUCGCCAUCCUCGUUCGUCGCUGGUUUGCAGGAGACGACGCUCUUGCCGUUGAUAUGCUCCUCGCCGCCAUUUGGGCCUGGGCCGUGAUCACCGUGGUUUCGAGAGUCGCUCUCGGGAGGCAUUACGUCAUCGACGUCUUCUUCGGCGCUUGCUUCGGCGUUCUCGAAGCGAUGGUCACCUUUCGCGUUCUCGAAUACCGAGGGUUGAUUUGAGGUUCUCAUGGAGCACAUUUAGCAUAUGCUUCCGACGGGAAAGAAUGCUUUUAAUUGGGUUUCCAACGGAUGAUGAAGUCAUGAAGGUUUUAGUGCAUUGGCUGCUUGGUCCUCACCAGAUAAUUUUUUAGACCUUUAAUACUACCAUCUUGAAAAUAUUGCCUUGUCUCAACUCUGAACUCUGAUUCAAUUGUUAAAAAUGCUUCGGAGCUGCAUUGCUGUCAGUAAUUUAUUCCUUGGCAUUUAACUAUCUGUCUCCCUUUACUCCCCUACAUAAAUGUAGACAUGUGAUAUAGCAUACAUGGUACAGCAAAGUUGUAUAUCAUUUAUUUGAAGCUUUUUGUCUUAUGUUCUAUUCAGAACUAUAAGAUGCAUGAUUUACAUUGAGUUCUUUAUUCCUUGAGCAAAUUUGCUACUGCUGUCAGAUGCUUCUAACUUUUGCAGAGGUACUAAUGCAAAGACAGUUUGUACUGUAUCGUCUGAAGACUUGAAAUGCACAUUAUCUUUUCUGACAAUUGCUGCCAGAAUAUGGAGUUGGUUUAUGUCUAGCCCAUCUCCAAUUCCCACUUUUCCCGUUCAGGUGAAUUGAGCAUUAGUGUUUGAAUUCUGGAGUAGUAAUCAUCAAGAAACAUUAUAUUAUGAUAAUUAUAUGUAAGUGUACGCUCAAUGACAUUCUGUGCUCUGUUGUUAAGUUUGAGCAACGAAGGGUUUUGUAGGAUUUGGUUCGAAGGACCGUGUGUGUUUGUGUGGUGUGUCUGAUAUUUUGGCCAUUAUAAAUUGAAGGAUAAAAAGUUGUUAGGUCAGUUACUUCUUUUGCAUGUGCCUUCUUUACAGCGUGAGAUGCUUUAUCUGAUAAGAUGUUUUUGAUUGACUGAUUGAUUGCUCUUUGUUUUCCUUUCAAUUUUUGGAAAAGUUCAUAAGCUUACCAAAUUAGUGCAGACGGUGGUUAUGUUGUGCUGGCAGCAUCACUGCCAUAGUUAGGGUGUGGUUAUUGUGGAAAACACCAAAAGAUGAGUGAAUCAAGUCGUUUUUUGUUUUAUUGACUUGAAAUGUGGGGCUGAUUGCUGUUACACCACAAGAGAAAUUCUAAGCACGUGAAUUUGAAGGAACCACCGUUAGUCCGCAGAACAUUGACAAUUUCGCUCUUUUCAUACCUGUUUCUUCGUGCAUUUGCUGACAUAUAGUUUCAUUCACAUUAUAGUUCUAGAUUUAUUGCCAUGGAUUAAGAAAAUUCGGUAUCUUGGAUACUGCUCAAACAGUUUUAUUGGUGGAAUCCACUACAGCUUGAGGGACCUACGAGGUACAGCGUGCACUGCGUGACCGGUAAUUUGCCAAGUGAAUACUUACUGCUCAAGAUUUGAAGUCACUGGAAAUUUGUAUUUUGUGGGACACCUUGCUUUGAUACUCUCCUCCCAUGAUUGUUUUCUUAGUAAAGAGAAACUGGCUCUCUCCAGAACUUCAACUUUUUUAGCGUUUUCUUGUAUGAGCUCCGCGAUUGGAACGUUACUAAUGCUAUUUGCACAGUGAAAUAUAAACAAAUACAGUGAAGUUAUUUAA